GUCACUGACUAGCUUCCAGUAUUAGUUCAGGCGGACAUCUCUGAUAUCAUGACAGCAACAGGCAAAUUCUUCUCGGCUGCCAUCCUCUGCCUCGUGGUGAGCAGUGCCUUGGGCGACGAAGUGUCGGAGGGCAAUUACAACGUGACGGCCUUCUGCACGGUGGUGCAGACAGGCACCAAUCUGGCCAGCAUCGUCGACUGCAGCACCUACUAUACGUGCAGAAGCACCGGACCCGUAAAGAACACCUGUAGCAGCGGGUACGCCUUCAGUGUAAGCACAGGCACCUGCACUCCAGUGGGCCAAGCGAACUGCUACUACGGCGUCCAAAAUCCAUGUGAGGGAAAGACGGGCGAGAGCUGGGUGCCCGUUACGGGAACGUGCAACCAAUACUACUACUGCCUGGACGGCGUCAACAAGGGACAGGGCUCCUGCAAGGGCACACAGGAAUUCGACAAGCUUUCCCAGCAAUGUGUCUACGGCAACUGCAACCCCGGCCUCGUUGACACCAGUGGUGAACCCAAUCUGCAGAGUGUCUGCGAAGUUGUACCGCCCGGCCAGUACUUCGGCGACACCAAAAACUGCCAAAAAUGGAACUAUUGCCAAGCAGACGGCACGCUUCAGACGAACGACUGUGCAACAGAAGCAUUCGACGUGCAAACUAGAACCUGUGGCUACGACACCGGCAACGUGUGCAGCAGAGUCACGGAGAACGACCUGGGCACUGCCUCAACGGUUUGCACAAUCAAAGGCGAAUUCCAGGCCAACGCCAACAUUUGCGGCAGCUACCAAAUAUGCAAUGGAAAUUCUUGGGUGUCGAAUGACUGCAGCUAUGGCUACUACUAUGAUACUAGGUCGAAAUCCUGUCAGCCGCGUAGGACAGCCACACCGGUCGAGGGAUGCAAUCGCUGCCAAUUUGCCACCACGACAUGGGUGAAUGCCGUGAACAGUACUACCUGCGCCUCCUACUACUACUGCAACAAUGGCAAGGCCACACUCCAGACCUGCAAGGAGGAUUUUUACUUCAACGAAAGCCAGCAGGCCUGUCUUUCGACCUCGAACGGUUUCGACCAGUAUGUGAGUAACAACGGAGCUUGCUAUGGUGCAACAAUUGAUGGCGGAUCAACCGAUGAACCAGCCGACGGAACCACCGAUAAACCAGCAGAUACACCAGAUGAGACAACAGCAGACGAUGCCGAUGGAAAGUAAUGCUUCUAACGAACAUUUAUCGAUUACCGGAGGCAAGGAUCUGUGCCGGGGAAACCAAUGAAAUCCUUUGACAAAGUGCUCUUUGUAUACACACGUAUUAUAUUUGAAAUAUUCAGUUAAAUAACAUUUACAAGCAAAUC